CCUUGAAUAAUUAUUACCACUCCAUCAUCUCUCCCCCUCUAUUCCUAUCCCUAUCUGUCUAUAUAUGUGUCUGCCCUUGUCUUUCUCCCAAACAACCUUUGCCUUCUCAACUUAGUUCUUUCCUUGUCAUCUAUCUGCAGGCUCAUUACUUCUUCUUCUCCCUUCAAUCCAUCAAAUAUCUCAAAGCUUGAUCUUUUUUUUGCCUUGCCCUAAAGUGUAACUUCAAAAAUCCCAAAUUGGUGUAUGGGAUGGAUUCUUCAAGUGCUCAGGAAAUGACAACACAAACCCUACAAAGCAUGCUAGGGUGUGGACAGCCACAAUCCCAAGAGAGGAAGCCAAGGCCAGCAGAUGGGCAAUCCCUAAAAUGCCCUCGCUGUGACUCCGCCAACACCAAAUUCUGCUACUACAACAACUACAGCCUCUCCCAGCCCAGGUACUUCUGCAAGUCAUGCCGCAGGUACUGGACCAAAGGCGGGACCCUCCGCAACGUCCCCGUUGGCGGCGGCUGCCGUAAAAACAAGAGGCCCUCCGCCUCCUCCUCCCGGUGCCGGAGCCAGGACCAGUCCUUGUGCUCCACCCCGCCGAACCCGCUGCUCUCCUCCUCCCUCGCGCCGGGGGCCUUGCCCUACGAGCCGAGCGAUCUGAGCUUUGCGAUCGCUCGGCUGCAGAAACAGUCGAACUUCGGGAUCGACGACAUGCCCAUGAUGUGUAGUCUCAAUAAUGCCCCCUACGGCAACUUUCUUGAAUCUCCGGGAAACACGGGGCUGUUCCAGAACAUGUACUACGGCGGCGGCGGGGCGGCGAUGAAUGAUGGGAUGAUGGGUAAUAUGGAGAGCCACGAAAUUGGCGGGAUUUCGUAUGACGGGGUGGCCACGUCAGCAGGAGGAGGUGGAGGGGAUCAUAAUAAUGAUGACAAUAAUCAUGAAGGUGGUGAGAGCGACGGCGAGAGGGGGCUAUUAUGGUCAUUUCCGUGGCACUCGGGAUCCGCCGUGGGCGGAGGAGGGGAUUAUCACCACCACCACCAAAGCGCGGCGGCCACCGCCGGAGGGAGCCAGCUGCUGGGUGGGUUUGGAUCUUCGUGGCAUGGACUGCUGAAUACCGCUCUCAUGUAGAUCAUCCGGCCAUCAUCAUAAUUAAUUAAGCUUUGCUUAAUUAAUUUCUUUUUCAUCAUACAAUUUGAUUACUUUUUAUUUAUUUUAUAAGGUCUUUCGAUCAGCCUUCCAAGCCUUAAUUAGCGUUCUUCUAUAGGUCUAUCUCGAGUUUAUUUUUAAUUUCUAUUUUUGUACUGAGUGAUGAUAUAUUAUUCACCACUACUCCCCAUUUUCUUUUCUUAUGUUUUUAUUUUUGGGACUGUGUUUAUGUAGUAGAGGCUUGAAUGCUCCACUUCUGAUCGAAAAGAGCAGUCAGAUGAUUUUCACAUUUUAUGUUGUUGAAGGGAUUGUUUGUUCGGCAAAGAGAAAAUGUACCAUUUGUAUCUUCUAUUCGGAACUUCAAUGUUUUUAGGCCCUUAUUAUUAACUUAUUAGUCGAUCCUUGUCUAA